AACGCCGGUGAAUUGAGUGUUAAAUGACGUUUGGUAGAUUCCAUUUUCCUACAAUUCUUUGAAAUCUUUCGAAGCGGCACUUUUAGGAAGUUCACAUAAUUUUAAUUAAAGACAUACUAUCUUAAGCGUUUUUUUGCUGCUAACAAACAUUUAAUUACGUCACAGUGAUCGCCAACAAAAUUUCACCAUGCGUAGCCGAACGGAAUUAGUUACUACUAAACUAGAGGGCUCUGACUUCGAAGAGGAAACCGAUUUCGAGGACUCCGAAGAAGAUUGGCAGCCUGCAAAAGAUGAUCCGAAAAACAAACCUAAAGUUAAAAGUCCCAGUAGACCCAGAAAAUCAACUGCAGGAAACAAAAAUGGAGCUAAGAAACGCGGUCGAAAGUCAGUAAAGAAACCCAAGAAAAAGACAUCUGAAGAGGAUGAUGGCGAUGAAGAAGAAGUGGCAGAGGAAGAAGAGGAGGAGGAGGUCGCGGUCCCUUCCAAAAAGGCCAAAAAAUCAACGACGGAAUCAGUAUUGCAGGAUGAAGGUAAAUCUCCGGCGUCAUCCUCCACCGGCAAGCAAGAAGCGACAACAUCGGCAGUUCCGUCGUCAAAACCACAACCACUGCAGCGCAAAAUAGCUAAUCCAUUGAAAAGUUUUCCGGAUAAAUGCGGAUUUUUGAAUCUAUAUAUCUUCAGAGGAGAUCUGAAGGACGGUAUCAUUAACAACACACAGGUUUGUUUGUGGCGACGGGAUGGAUCUAGUUUGCUACAAAAAUAUCUUCGAGACACAACUGUCACUACUGAGAACCCACAGUAUUCAUCUUCUAUGGUGUAUUCAUGCUGGGAAGAUAAGCGAGCUGAUGAAUAUCUGGAAGUAAAAGUUAAAUGUCUGGAUCAAGCCAAACAAGUUCGUGUAGAAUUGAUCGGGGCUUCUGAACUGGAGGCAAAAGCAGCUUCUGAGUAUGAAAAAUACGUAGAUGUGCACGGUGUACCACCUCCUCGUAAUAACGCGCGCAAAACAGGAAACGACGCAAGUGCUGGUACGGAAGAUGAAGACGAUGAGGACGGGGAUGAUGACUACGAUGAUGUUGAAGACGACGAGGAAGACGAGGCAGUUAAGGAAGAAGAGUGAAAUGAUAAAAGAAUACCCCGGCAAACGCCAGGUGAUUCAUAUUUUAUAACUUUUAACCAUACAACUUAUACCUACACAAUGCAUCUGUGUUUGCUAUAGUUUUGCCAAUCAGAAUUACUUUGAUCCUAGGUAUCAUCGUAUAAAACUUAAGAAUAAAUUAUAAACAAUCAUCAUUCAUAA